CAUCGUAAACAAAGACGACAAAAUUCUUGCGGCUUUUUAGCCAUCAUUUCUCUCGCCCCGCUGUCACCUUUCUAUUCCUUUUCUAGCUCGUUUUCGGGUAAAUUUUUAGGGGAGUUUUUCUGUCCCCGGAUCCGCGAUCGUUUCUUGUUCGAAUUCUUGCGAUCUGAUCGAUUUUUUGAUCGCAAGAACCGAUAUCUCCGCCCUUAUGUUCCACUGAGCUUUCUUGAGGCGGCACCGAUCUUUGCUUCGAGAACUAGGGUUUUGGCUUGGAUCUCUCGCCUUGGCGGAAAUGAAUAGGAUCCGAACCUAGCUUUGGGUUCAGCUCCUAGGGUUGAUCCAGCUUUGGAGUAGUUCUCGGAUUCUUUGUUCCUUUCCAGACGGGAGGUCGAAGGAUUGGAUUGCGGCGGUGGAUGUUGAAAUUCUUUGAGUUGCUAAGCGUGGGAUGGGAAUGUCUUGGGUAUGUUGAUCGGAGUGGAAUCGAGGUCUAGCAUUUAGAUUUCUUGUAAUAUAGGUUGGUGGGAUCUGGAGAAUAGUCGAGAGUAGAGGUUCGUAGAGUUCUUUUAAGGUUUUAUGUGGGGUGAUUAUCGAUUUCUCCGGUUUGGGGAUCAGUUCAUCUUGUUUUGGUGUUGGGAUCAGUAGUAGCAAUCUAGGGUUUCAUCUGAGAGGGUGAUCUGUUAGCAGUUGAUUUUUUGGUGAAUUUCUUAAUCGGAUCUCUACUCAUGGAGAAUGUCAUUGGAGGAAAGUUCAAGCGUGGGAGGAAGAUCGGCAGUGGAUCUUUUGGCGAGCUAUAUCUUGGUGUUAACAUACAGAGUGGAGAAGACGUGGCCAUAAAACUGGAAUCUGUGAAGACCAAGCAUCCUCAACUUCAUUAUGAGUCGAAGUUGUAUAUCCUUCUCCAGGGAGGAAGUAAGUGGUCAAUUUAUAAGUCUAAUCUAUUUUCCUGUUUAGCCAAAGUUGUUGAUUUUUAUUCUUUUUCUUUUUUAUUUUUUUAUUGGUGUGUUUGGGUGUAUUUAGCUGGGAUCCCUCACCUAAAGUGGUUUGGUGUGGAGGGAGAGUACAGUGUCAUGGUUAUUGAUCUUUUAGGGCCUAGCUUGGAAGACUUAUUUAACUACUGCAACCGGAAAUUGUCAUUGAAAACAGUUCUCAUGCUUGCUGAUCAGUUAAUAAACCGAGUUGAGUAUAUGCACUCAAGGGGUUUUCUGCACCGUGAUAUAAAGCCGGAUAACUUUCUUAUGGGCCUAGGCCGUAAAGCAAAUCAGGUUUAUAUCAUUGAUUAUGGCCUGGCAAAAAAAUAUAGGGACCUCCAAACUCAUAAGCACAUAGCUUACAGGGAGAAUAAAAACCUCACAGGAACAGCACGGUACGCAAGCGUCAACACUCAUCUGGGAAUCGAGCAAAGUCGGAGAGAUGAUUUAGAAUCUCUUGGUUAUGUGCUUAUGUAUUUUCUAAGAGGAAGCCUUCCUUGGCAGGGUCUAAAAGCUGGCACUAAGAAGCAGAAGUAUGACAAAAUUAGUGAAAAGAAAAUGCUUACCCCAGUUGAGGUUUUAUGCAAAUCAUAUCCAUCAGAAUUUAUAUCUUACUUCCAAUAUUGCCGUUCCUUGCGGUUUGAUGACAAGCCAGAUUACUCAUAUCUGAAGAGGCUCUUCCGUGACCUCUUUAUUCGAGAAGGCUAUCAAUUUGAUUAUGUCUUUGACUGGACCAUGUUGAAAUAUCCCCAGAUUGGUUCCAAUCCUCGAGUGCGGCAACCUAGUGGAAGAACAAGUGCGGUUGGGCCAUCUUUGGAGAGGGCAGAAAAAACUCUAGCGGGACAAGAAAUUCGUGAUAGAUUCUCAGGUGCAGUUGAAGCAUUUGCAAGAAGAAAUGCUUCAGGUUCUGGUCAUCAUGGUGACCGCUCCAAGCACAGAACAGAUGAUGCACCUAUGUCACUGAAGGAGGCUGUUCAUGAAACAGAAAGAAGCCGACCAUCUUCUCGUAGUGGCAGUACAUCAAAGAGGGCUAUUUUUCCGAGCAGCCGAGCAAGUUCUUCCCUUGAGCCUGGCGGGCAGCAAGUCAGCCGAACAAGUCGGCUGUUUUCAAGCCGCAGCAGCCGCCCAUCUAGCGCCCAAGGAUUUUUUCAGCCUGGGGUGGAAUCAAGAUCAUCAUCUGUUUCUCGAACUGCGGCUGUGAGAGGUUCUCGUGAUGCACCUCCACUCCGUAGCUUUGAACUCCUCUCUAUUGGUGGGGAGAAGAGGAAGUAGAAUGACUGGAGUUUUCUUGAGCAUUUCUGAACUUGGCGAUGCUCCAUCCACAUUGUUUUUUUCCCCGAUGAUGAUAAGAUGUGCUUAUAAAGCAAAACAUACCGGCCGUGCUAUUUAUUAAAAGUUCUUUUAAUUCUUCCUAGCUGGUAAGCUGCCAGAGGGAAUCAUGUUACGGGAGCCUCUGAGCAUCCCUCGCAAGGCCACAUUUUCGCAUUCACGCUGAGGUGAUCCUGCAGUUUUUCAGGCUAACACUGUUUAAAGUCAGUCUUCCAUGGGCAAAUGUUCAUAUGAAACUUUCAUCUUCUCAACAAUGAAAAAAAAAAAAAA